GUUGAGAAUUUCUUUGUGUUUAAAAAUUUCUAUGGGACGGCAUAGAAUGUCUCUUUUCGUGGUUCUGUUCGUGACAUUUAUUCUUCGAAACGACGUAUUGGGUGUAUCAAAUAACCCAGAUGACAGCAGUGACGUAUCAGACGAUCAAUCAUCAGGAGCUAAGUUCUUGUACACACUGGAACCUCAAGACGACAUGCGCCAGUACUACGAUAUAUCAUCGGUCGGUAACAUUUAUCGACCGUAUCCUCCGAUCGAUAAGAGAAAGUGUCCGCUGUGCGAUAGUUCUAUAUAUCCCUAUUGCAGUGAGAAAUUGUUACACGAUGCAUGCUGUUGCACAAAUCCCUAUAUCCAAGAAUUGCCAUAUCAGUGCAAAUUGGCUGAUUGUCGAUUUUUACAUGCCAAUAGUUGCAGAGAACAUCGUCUUAUAGCUAAUUGUUGUUGCAGCGAUGAUUAUCGUUCUCUAUUGAAAACUUUCGCAGAGACGUCCUUGUCCUCGUCAGUUUUAUCUAAUAAAGGACGAGGAAAAUUAAACGGAAAUAUCUAAAUAGAACUUUCUCCUUUGUCAUCAUCAUCAUCAUCUUCUUCUUGCCAAAGUUCAUCGCGCAAACGAACGCUGCUUCUUCGUGCGACGUAAAAAAAACUGGGUCAAUGAAAUCGUGACAAGGGCUGCUUGAUUAUUAAUUAUCCGAGUCAAUUAAUCUUGAAUUGCAUUCAAUAAAAUUACACUGGGAUAAUGCUCUUG